AUUACUCAGUACGUCAAUUUGGCGACCUGUCUCGUGAAUUGCCAUGUCUUCAAACUAUUCCCCGCGGACCUGCAGGAGCAUAUUCUCACGGCAGAAGCUCUCUACAAGGGUUACCAGCGUUCCACGCAUCCCCACAUGGCUGGCUCCCAGUCGGCGAAGGAUCUGAUAUCGAUGGGCUCACAUGCCGUUCAAGAGUACCAACCGCCCGAUCCCCCGGAAGAGGCCGUCUCCGAUCGUGUCUGCUUCCUCUUCAACAACCUUACCAAAGUUAACGUGAAGGAGAAGUCGGCUGAUGUUUGCGACAUCCUCGAGGAGGGCCUACUGCCCUGGUUUGCUUACUACCUUGUCUGCAAGAGGGUCACUGUGGAGCACACCUUCCACGAUCUCUUCGCCAUGGUUCUAGACUUUCUGCAGGAGCGACUUCCCAACAUACGACCCUCGGUGCUGGCAGAGGUCUUCCGUAACAUCAAGCUGAUUCUACGGAGCAUGCGUGCUGACAAGGACGAUUCCACCGCCCGCGUCUCGCUCAAGAACCUAGGCAGUUUCCUCGGCCUGGUCACCCUGGCACGCAACAAACCCAUUCUGCACGAUGACCUCAACAUCAAGGAUCUCCUGUAUGAGGCCUACAGCAAGGGUGCCGUGCCCCUUAACUACGUGGUACCCUUUGUCUCGCGGGUUAUGCGCGCGGCUACAGAGAGCAUCGUUUUCCGGCCGCCCAAUCCCUGGACGGUGGCCAUCCUCAAGGUGCUGCGCGAAAUGCACCUGAUGGGUGAUGUCAAGAGCACUGUGCGAUUUGAGGUGAUUCCCGACAUCCCUACUCACCGCAGUUUCUACUGCUCUUGUCGCACCAUUGUUUUUCUUCCAACUCUGUCGUAG